AUGGGUGUGAACGGUCUCUGGACAGUUGUGCAGCCUUGCGCGCGCCCGACGAACCUCGCAACCCUCAACCGAAAGCGCCUUGCUGUCGAUGCCUCCAUCUGGAUAUACCAAUUUCUCAAGGCGGUUCGCGACAAGGAGGGCAAUGCGCUGCGGAACUCUCACGUCGUCGGCUUCUUCCGUCGCAUCUGCAAGCUCCUUUGGUUUGGUAUCAAGCCCGUCUUCGUAUUCGAUGGUGGCGCUCCGGCCCUCAAGCGCCAGACGAUCCAGGGUCGUAAGCAGCGCCGCGAAGGCCGCAGAGAGGAUGCUGUUCGCACUGCCGGGAAGCUGUUGGCUGUACAGAUGCAGCGCAUCGCAGAAGAGGAAGGGGAGAGAAGGAAACGCGAUGCGGACAGGGGCAUUCAAAGAGAACGAGAGGAGCCCCAGGAGGAGAUACCCGAUGCGGACAACAUCGUCUACGUUGAUGAAGUCGGCAUGUCCCGGCAGGAGCGACAGCAAACGAGGAAGUUCUUCAAACAAGACGCGUACCAUCUGCCCGAACUCGACGGGGACAUUGCUUCAAUGGCCAAAGCAGACGAUCCCAGGGUCAUGAGCAUCGAAGAGCUAGAGGAAUAUGCGCGGCAAUUUCACAACGGAGAGGAUAUCAAUCUCUACGAUUUUAGCAAGAUCGACUUCGACGGCGAGUUCUUCCAAAGUCUGCCCGCGGCGGACAGGUACAACAUCCUAAAUGCAGCCAGAUUGAGGAGUCGUCUCAGAAUGGGGUUGAGCAAAGAACAGCUGGACGACAUGUUCCCGGACCGUAUGGCAUUCUCGAGGUUUCAAAUCGAAAGAGUCCGUGAGCGGAACAAUCUGACUCAGCGCCUCAUGAAAGAAGCUGGCAUGACAGGUCUCGAUCUCACUUUGACGGGCGGCGGAAGGAUCGCCGGUGAGAGAGACAGAGAGUACAUACUUGUAAAGAAUGACGGAGCAGAGGGCGGCUGGGCGCUGGGUGUCGUGAGCAAAGAGAAGGACUUGGGCGAGGCCCAUAAGCCUAUCGAUGUCGAUGCUCUAGACUUUCAGUUUCAGCAAAAGGACAAGGUCGAGGAGUCCGACGAGGGCGACUUCGAGGACGUUCCCGUAGAGGGAUUAAACCGACUGCCCAAGAUUUCAUCCAGGGAAGUCGCGCUUCGGAGACAACAACUGUACGGAAGCCAAGGAGGGGGCGAGGGCGAGGUCGAGGUCGACAACUUAUUUGAAGAGGAAGAAGAACAAAGUCUCUUCGUAGGCGGCGAUGUUCCCAAAGCACAUGAUCGAAGGAAGCACAGCGGCGAUGAGGCAGCGCACCCUGAUGAAGAGGACGAUAUCAAUCGUGCUAUUGCCAUGUCCUUGCAAAAUCAGCACAGCAAGGAUAUAGAGAAUUCCGAGGAGGAUGAACAGUUUGAAGACGUGGAAAUGGAAGCUCCAACCUGGAAGCAGAAAGCAGUCGAGGGACCCAGGCCAAUUGCUGUAACGAGCGGCCGCAUGGUGGCUCACAUUGUCAAUAACAGGUCUACUGCAGCCGUCCCGAAGAGACGCGCUAACAGUGUCAGUAGUAGUGACGAUGAAAUGGACUUGCAAGCAGCUUUAAAGGCGUCCCGGCAGAAGAAGAGAGCCCUGCCGAAGCCGGCGGUGCCUAACAUCAAGAAUCCUUUCGACGGUCCAUUGCCGUUCCCUAAGCUCGCUUGGGGGUCUUCUCUCUUCUCAAUGAAGGCUCCAUCGAAGAAGCCUGAAGGCACGUCGACAACAAAGCAACCAACACCAAAUACACAGAAGUCAGGGUUAAACAACGGUGACGCCGAGUUUGGUGGUGGUUUUAUAGCGGAGGAUUCUGUGGAGGAACCAGUCGCCGCCGCCGCCGAUGACGACGACGACGAAGGUGGUUUCGAAAAAGGGCCGCAAGAAGAACGACCCAAGCCGUUGCCCCCUUGGAUGGUGGACAACACGGAUAUCCGUGAAUCGAUUAAGCAACAACGACAGGUGGAAAGCGAGAUCAAUACGGAAGACAGGGAGGCAGCAAUAGAAGAGGAGCGUCGGCUCGAGCGCCAGAGGCAAAACCAACUCAUUGAAAUCCAGUCGUCCGAUGACGAAGGCAGCGACAUUGAAAUACUCGAGAUACCCCCUUCACCGAAGCAGGUUUCCACUCAGGAGGAAACUGCCUUUGCUGAUGGAGCCAUAUCGAACGACGCUACUCCGAGCGCCCAGAUUGGGUCACUCGAGAAGAAAGAAUCAGCAGCUGCGUCUUUGGAGAAGUCGGACGCCACUUCUCGGAAGCCGCCACCGUCGCCAGAACCCGACUUCGGAGAAGUGUGGCCAGAGAACGCUGAUGAAGAUAUGGGAGCUACCAUUACGCAAGUGCCCGACUCCCCGGAACCAGAAAUGGAAGAUAUCACAGUCGAUGCCGAGCAACAAAAGCCCGACUCUCCAGACCUGGCGAUGCAGGACGCGUCUAUCGAUGCAGAACAAACAAAGCUUGCUCAAGAAGAACAAGAGCUCACCUUCGAAGAACUCAUGGGCGGGCCCCAAUCGGACAAUCCCAACACGGUGGGCGACCCCGUGCAGGAUGCCGAGGCUGCCGUCUUCGCCGAGAGUGACGACGAGUUCAGCGACCCAGAGGACGAGGAGCUGUUCGCCAACCUGGCCCAGGAAGCAGAGGAACACGCCCGUUUCGCCAGCGAGUUGAACAACAAGUCGGAGUACGAGAACAAAGAGGCUUAUGAGAGGGAAUUGAAGGCGCUCCGCACGCAACAGAAAAAGGAUCGUCGAGACGCCGAUGAGGUCACACAGGUCAUGGUCACCGAGUGCCAGGCCCUGCUCCGUCUCUUUGGCAUCCCCUACAUCACAGCGCCAAUGGAGGCCGAAGCUCAGUGUGCGGAGCUCGUGCAACUGGGCUUGGUGGACGGCAUUGUCACCGACGACUCCGAUUGUUUCCUGUUUGGCGGCACGCGUAUCUACAAAAACAUGUUCAACAGCAACAAAUUUGUCGAGUGCUAUCUCAGCUCGGACCUCGAGAAGGAGCUCUCCUUGUCGCGCGAACAACUCAUUGCCAUUGCUCAGCUCCUGGGGUCGGAUUAUACAGAGGGCCUACCCGGCGUGGGUCCUGUCACGGCCGUAGAGAUUCUCUCAGAGUUUCCCGGCAAGGAUGGCCUCGACAGGUUCAAGGAGUGGUGGCAGGACGUGCAGAUGAACAAUCGCCCCAAGGAGGCCGACGCGGUGUCCCCUUUCCGCCGCAAGUUCCGCAAGUCACAAGCCACAAAGCUUUUUCUUCCGUCGGGAUUCCCGAACCCUGCCGUCACGGACGCGUACAUACGCCCGGAGGUCGACAGCAGCCCUGAGCACUUCCAGUGGGGCGUGCCGGACCUCGAGGGUCUGCGGCAGUUUCUCAUGGCGACCAUCGGGUGGAGCAAGGAGCGCACCGACGAGGUGCUGGUUCCCGUCAUCCGGGAUAUGAACAAGCGCGACAUGGAGGGCACGCAGACGAACAUCACGAGGUACUUUGAAGGCACUGUAGGUGUUGGCGCGAGAGACGCCUUUGCGCCGAGGCAGAAGGGCGCGACGAGCAAGAGGAUGGCGGACGCCGUCAGUAGGCUAAGGGCCAAUACCAACGGCGAGCAAACGACUGUUGCGGGGCUGGAGGAUGUGUCGGCAUCAGCCAAGGUUACGAGGAAAAGAAAGACCAGGGCGAGGACUGCGGCAGUGGAGGAGGAGGAGGAUGAGUUUGUUGAUGACGCCGAGGAGGAGCGGUCGGAACAGGGUACCCAAACGAGAGCCCGUCGGGGGAAGAAGGCCAAGGCAUCUAAGUAG